AUGGAGACCACUAUAGUGACUUUUGUGGGUGUGUACCUGCCGUGCACUGGAGCACAGAGGCUCCUGAUGAUGGACACACUGUGUGACUGCAUCAGGGAGUGCACAGACGUCCUGUUUGUGGCCGGGGACUGGAACUGUACAGUAGAUCCACGGCAGGACAGGAACCACCGUGAGCUCCACCCUGCCUCCUCCCUCAGGCUGAGUCGGAUGCUGGAGGCCCACAGUCUGGAGGACGUGUCGAGGACUCUGCACCCAGGUUGCUUUGGAAGUCCCACCUGCGGUAAGGCCCACUUUGUGAGCCUGCAGCAAUGGUGGGACUAUGGCAAAGUGCAGAUAAGGCAGCUGUGUCAGGAGUACACUCAUGGUGUCACAAGAGACAGGGCCCGGCUUGUGAAAGAGCUGGAGACUAUGGUGGUAGAACUGCAGCGUUUCGCAUUCUUCUUCAGUCUGGAAAAAAAGAACGGCCAAAGGAGGAUCAUCCAGUCUCUAUGUUCGGACAGCGGUCGCCUCAUCACGGACUCUGCCGAGGUUAGGAGCUUUGUCGCUGGUUUUUACGAACAUUUGUUCAGCUCUGAGCUGCGUCCCAGCUCUGUCAUGGGAGGCCAGUUUGGGGACGGUGUGCCUCAGGUCAGUGACGAGGAGAACAAUAAGCUGGAGGCCCCACUGACUCUGGUUGAACUGAACUCUGGUGUGGGGAGUUUAAAGCCAGGCAGAGCUCCAGGCAUAGAUGGACUUUCGGCCGAUUUUUACAAGGCCUUCUGGGACAUUCUGGGGCCAGACCUUCUGGAGGUCUUUACGGACAGUCUUGAGAGCGGUCGUUUGCCCCUGAGCUGCGGCAGAGCAGUGUCCACUUUGCUCCCAAAGAAGGUGUUGGCGUCCCGGGUGAGAGGGGUCAUGGCCUUGGUCAUCCACAUGGACCAGACUUACUGUGGGCCCAGCAGGCUCAUAGGGGAUAACAUCGCCCUGAUCAGCGAUGUUUUGGAGGUAUCCGGCUCAUUGGGAGUCAACCUGGGACUGAUUUCCAUAGACCAGGAAAAGGCGUUUGACCGGGUUGAACACCAGUACCUUUGGCAGACCAACGCCUCCAGAGGAAAGAAAACUGUCAGAGCUGAAAAGCACAGCCUGCGUCUUUAA